AAUCAAACCUUCGGCAUGUAGCUUGUCACCGUUGCAAGCUGCCUCAUGGUCAUGUAGCCGAUAAAUUUGCCGUCGCCUUCCCACAUUCUUAUAUUUAUGUAGACCUCAAUCCUCGAGAAUUUCUUCUCUUCAUCCGUUUCUAUUUCGCUCAUAUACACAAAAUAUCCAAAUCCCAAUCCCAUACCUUAUCUAUAUAUAUAUAUAUACACACAAAAUGUCCGCCAACCGCCAGUUCGACCCCGACUUCACUCCCUAUGUCGUCAACGCCAUGGGACCUAAGGUCCCUGAGCGCACUCGCGUCAUCCUGGGUUCUCUGAUCAAGCACGUCCACGACUUUGCUCGUGAGGUCGAGCUCACUCCCGCCGAGUGGAUGCUGGGUGUCGAGUUCAUCAACUCCAUCGGCAAAAUCAGCACUCCCAUUCGCAACGAGUGCCACCGUAUCUGCGAUGUUAUCGGUCUUGAGUCGCUCGUCGACGAGAUUGCCAACAAGAUCGUCACCGACGAGGGCAUCACUCCCACCUCCAACGUCAUUCUCGGCCCCUUCUGGUCGCCCAACGCUCCCUUCCGCGCCCUCGGCGACAGCAUCAUCCAGGACCCCAACCCCGACGGCAAGGUCACCUUGAUGCACGGUGUGCUCAGCGACAUGGAGACCGGCGCCCCCAUCGAGGGCGCCGUCCUCGACAUCUGGCAAGCCUCCGCCAACGGCCAGUACGACUUCCAGGACCCCGGCCAGACCGAGAACAACCUCCGCGGCAAGUUCCGCUCCAACGAGAAGGGCGAGUUCUACUGGUACUGCUACCACCCGACCCCUUACUCGCUGCCCACCGACGGUCCCGCCGGUGUUCUCCUCAACGUCAUGGACCGCUCGCCCAUGCGUCCCGCUCACAUCCAUUUGAUGAUCACCCACCCGGACUACGCCACCGUCAUCAACCAGAUCUACCCCAGCGACGACCCCCACCUGGGCAUCGACUCGGUGUUUGCCGUCAAGAACGAUCUCGUCGUGGACUUCAAGCCCAAGACCGACGACCCCAAGGCUUCGCUUGACCUUGACUACCCCGUCAAGAUGGCUCUCAAGAAGCACCACCCUAACCCCAACUCGGCGCCUCCGGUUUCGUCGUUUGAGCGGUUUAGCAAGAACAAGGGGCAGGAGAAGCUGUAAAAAAGAUAGUCGCGGUGUACAAUGUGUGGAAGAUUCAUGUAAAUAGUUAUUUUUGUUUUCUUUUUAGCGAUAGUCCAAGCCUCUACGGAGAAUGAAUUGCAUUGCAUUGUGAAAUAUUUCUCGAUAUUAACUAGGGUUGAAUAGUGAAGUAUCGAUUUAAG